AUGCUAUCCUACGCACUACAUGGAAGCCCUUUCAUUUUGAGGGUGUUUCAAGUCCUUACCAUUGUCGCGUCCUCAACCUUCUUCGCCGUUGCCACGAUCGCCAGCUCCUUCUCCGGAGCCAAAGAACCGAAAGAAGGAAACCUGCGCAAGUUUCAAAUCAGCUUAGCUUGUAUCGCCGCCUCACUGUCUUCGGCGGAAGCGGUGAUUGACUUGAAGAGAUCUGACACCUACCAAAUCUCUGACCCGGACGCAGUCUACGCGCUCUUCCUCACUUUGAUCUGGCUCGUACUCUUACUUAAUCUCAUCGGGACUCCCACCAUCACAUCAUAUCCUCAUCUUGGAACUUGGUCGGUCCUUCUUGUCUGCCAAGGCACGGUCUUUGCACUCUCGCUCCCUGGCACAUCAUCUAAGGACAAGCAGCUAUUCGCACGGUCUCUGCUUCAAGGGCUCCAACUAGCAGUUGAGAUCGGACUUAUCGGAGACGGCCUCCUUCUUUGGUUCGUACAUCAAAAGAAAAACAUAGCAAAUGAGGACGAAACGCGACCGCUGUUGGACAACGAAUCAUCUCCAAGCAGCUCGGACUUGAACAAUGAGGCUCGAGAAAACGAGGAAGCAGACAGACUGCGCGUUCGAAACAGACCGCUCUGGCAGUACCUCGCAUCUUUCAAGCUCUUUGUGCCAUACAUGUAUCCAAGGUCUUCGAAACUGCGGCUUUACUUUGGUGGAAUGUGCAUCACCAGUGUUUUGACCAGGAUUGUCACAAUAGCUCUUCCCCUCAGUCUCGGCAUUGUUGUCAACGGUCUUGGAGAAAUGAUCCCUUGGAAGACAAUUGCUCUGUACGUGCUGCUCACACUCAUGUUGUCGCAUGCAGGCUUCCCACUCUUUGAAACCUGGCUAUCUUGGCGGGUAAGCACCGACCUGGUAGUGGCCUUACAGCGACACUGUUACAGUCACAUCAUGAAUCUUUCCGCCGACUUCCACGAUUCUAAGAGAUCUUCGAUCAUCUGGCAGACGAUGCAUCAGGGCCAAGAUGUGAUUGACUUGCUUCAUGACACUUUGUUUCGAUUCUUGCCCACAAUCAUCGACUUGACUUCGGCAAUCGUCGUCCUCACCUGUCUCUUCGGGCUUUACAUGACCUUCAUCAUUGCAACAAUGGUUGUUCUGUUCUAUUGGAUGACCUUCAAGGCACUCGGUAGAAAGAGGGCCAUGCGACGGUCUUGGCUUGAUGCGUACCACGAGCAGUACUAUCAGAUGAGCGAGUCUACGCUAAAUUGGUCCACAGUAUGCCAAUUCGGACGCAUUCCCUAUGAGAUUCAGAAGUAUAGCGAGAAAGGCGACAUUACGCGGAACAGAAUGCUCCUUUGGUGGUUCUAUGAGUUUUGGACUCGGGGCUUGCGCCAUCUGGUCCCGUGCAUCAGCUUUGUGUCCGCGUGCAGUGUGGCCGCCUUGCAGAUCGCACAUGGUCAGCGUAAAAUUGGUGACUUUGUGGUCUUGAUCACGUACUGGGCACAACUCACCGGACCCCUAUCAACUUUGGCAGGUGAAUUGUCAAGGGUAGCUGAAAAGCUAGUCAACGCUGAGAAGCUGGUGGCAAUACUAGAAAAGCAGCCACGCAUUCAAGACUUACCAGAUGCUCAAUCUUUCGUGUUCUUGGGGGGUGCCGUCCAAUUCGAGAAUGUUUCUUUCUCUUAUGAUGGCAAACGACAAGUGAUCAAAGGCAUUACCUUCCGGGCGGCCCCUGGUAAGACUAUUGCUUUAGUUGGACAGACGGGAGGAGGAAAGAGCACCAUCUUGAAACUCCUUUUCCGGUUCUACGACCCUGACCAGGGCCGCGUCUUGAUCGAUGGUCAGGACAUCAGACACAUCAAGAUGGAAACCUUUCGCAAACACAUUGCCAUGGUUCCUCAGAAUCCUGUCGUAUUCAACAUGUCAGUGUUGGAAAACAUCAAAUAUCCCGAUAUUGAUUGUACGGACGAAGAGGUUAUUGGAGCUUGUAAGUCAGCAGCUCUACACGAAAAAAUCAUGUCGUUUACGAAUGGCUAUCAAGAAAAGGUGGGCGAGCGCGGCACCAAACUCUCGGGUGGUGAGCUUCAGCGGCUUGCAAUUGCACGAGCGAUCCUCAAAAAGGGCAAUCUUUUGCUCCUGGAUGAAGCUACUAGCAGUGUCGACAGCAUCACGGAGAAGAAGAUCCAGAGUAGUAUCCGCCAACUAUGUGCAGGAAAGACGGCGUUUGUGAUUGCGCACCGUCUGUCUACCGUCAUUCAUGCCGAUCAUAUACUCGUGAUUGAAGAUGGCCAGAUUACCGAGUCGGGCACACAUGACACUUUGAUCAAGCAAAAUGGUCCUUACAGUGAGCUCUGGCACAGCCAACUGCGUCUCCAGGCGGAGGAGGGCGAAUUGAGAUACCGGUCUCGCUCUCCACAAAAGAAGGAUACACUGGUCUUGAUCAAUGAUAUUGAUGCCGGUGAGCACGAGAGUCGACUGCUAAUCAAGGAUACGAGCAGAGGAAUCAAGGAAGAGGACGCAGAGCGCAAAGAUCCGGAGUCCACCAGCGACACGUCGUGCAUCCGAGAACAGCAGCAUCGAAGUCAUCAAGCAUCUCAUCAUGCUGUAGACUCACGAGAUAGGACGAACGCCAAAGCCCUUGCACAUAUGAUGGGGAGGAUAUUGUCGCGCUCAAAGUCGCCAGGGAAAAGCGGAUCGUCCGAGUCAGGUCUGAACCCCGACGCUCGAACGUUCAGGCCUCGACGACUCCAGGAUGCCAACCAGGGUAUAAGUUUCUCAGUUGGGCAGCCCAGGGUUGCCUCUGGAAAUCAUCUGGGCAAUCCCGUUGGCGGAUUCUCAGCCCCGGCCAGACCCCAGACGAUCUUUUCCAACCAGGAAAACAAUAUUAAGUGGUCUGCCGUGAAAGUUCCCCGGGAUUCACCUGGCGUCGUUCUGGAACCGGAGUCACCCUUUCUUUUUCCUCUGAAGCGAAAGUGGGCAGGACAAGGUCGCGAGGCUUUAGAUAGUAGCGGGGAACACUCUGCCGAUAGCACAGGAGAAAUUCAUGUCGGGAGCCCCGAGCUCAAGAGUGAUCAACCAGAAGUGGAGGGGUCAAGAGCUCUGCCGGGAAACGCUCGCCGACGGUUGACUGCAAGCGAGCCCUCUCCACACAGCAUCGACAUCGAGGAAGAGUCGGACGACUCAUCAGCAGACUCGAAUGUUCUGCAGUCGGCGAGGUACUCGAGGCUGCCACAGCCAUCAUGCCGGAGAAGUUUGUCAGCUAUCGAAAAAAGGGCGGGACAGUCUAAUGAAGGGGAAGUGAUAUAUGUCAAGGGGACUGGAGCACCAGCCAACACAGGAUCGACGAGCUCAGCUAUUCCCACGCCAACACCGCACCUAAGGGUGCCUGCCAACUCCCCUGCAUAG